AUGGCCUCCGAAGAGGCAAAGUCUGAUAAGCUUGAUCCUAUUCCGGGAACAGAAACAGCAUCAACCCAGCGUGGCUCUACAAGUACCAUCACCGGACAUAGAGACUCGACAUUAUCUGACCUCGCUCCACAGAAGUCCAAUUCGUUAUAUCCGUCACGAUCAAGAUCCUCCACAGCCAGCGGCUUUCUCAAUUUUAUCAAGAAUGGUUCCAAGAGUACGCUAGCAUCAGAAAAGCAAGAGAAAAACAACUUCUUGUCCCUUUUCAGACUAUUGAUCCUAGAGCUCAAUCUACCGAAGCCGGGUCACAGUAAACAGAAAGACAUCAAACAUGAGGAGGAACAGAAGCGGGCCUAUGAACAACUUACAAGUAUGGUCAAAGUUCCUUUGUACCUAGAAAAAUUCAUUGUCUUUGGUCUUCUAGUUUGUCUCAAUUCCUUCCUAACACUUUUCACAUUGGUCCCGCUAAAGAUCGCAAUAAUUUGCUAUACAGCGUUCGCUGACUUUUUGACGAACUUGUCACAAACCGGAGGAGCAGAUAUUGGAAUCCUUACUAGAAAACUACAUUUUAUUAAAAGGGAUUUGAUCAAUGUCUUUGUGAUUCUCACAACUGUGGCUUUGCUAGCCUCCCCUACGGUUGAAGUAUCCCGUCUCUACCAUGAUGUCAGAGGUCAAGCUCAUCUCAAAUUGUACGUAAUUUUUGGUGUUCUUGAGGUUAUGGAUAAGCUACUAUCGUCAAUUGGUCAGGAAAUAUUCACAGUACUUGUUGGAAUACCGGUGACCAACACUAAUGUUCGCAACUUGAGUAAGUUGGCUCUUUUCAUGGGCAUAGCACUUGUGUACUCUGCAAGUCACGCCUACGUUCUAAUAUACCAAUCGGUAUCUCUCCAUGUCGCUGCAAAUUCAUAUUCGAAUGCCCUCAUGGCACUUCUCCUUUCUAAUCAGUUUGCUGAGCUUAAAGGUGCAGUGUUCAAAAAGUUUGAUAGAGAGGGUUUAUUCCAGGUUGCCAUGUCUGACUUAACUGAGCGUUUUCAACUUUCCUUAAUGCUUUUCAUCAUUUCCAUCAGAAACCUAGCCCAAUUGAACAUGACACAAUUAGGACUCGUUGUGCCCGACAGUUGGAAAUCGUGGAACAAAUGGUUUGGUGCCAUAUUUGGACCAUCCAUGGUCGUCCUUGGCUCUGAAGUUUUUGUGGACUGGCUUAAACACUGUUUCAUCAUCAAAUUCAAUCGGAUAAAACCCAGAGUCUACAAAAAUUUUCUUUAUGUCUCAAGCACUGAUUUUAUGGAGGUUUUCACGUCAAAUUCAAGAAGAUCAACUCUGAAUGAAAUAUCAGACUAUAUCAUUCUUGCGAAGAGAAUUGGGCUUCCUAUUUCAUCACUCUGUAUUUGCUUCUUGAGGAUGACGCUUCGUGAUUUGAAGCAGCUUUAUGUUCCAUUACUCAACCUUCUGAGUAUCCUUGCUUGUGGACUUCUUGCUGCAUUGACAUUCAUCACGUUGCUAGUCGUCAGACUAGUGUUAGGUCUUUGGCUUCUUCAGUGGGCUAGAAGAAUCAAGCAUAAUCACGAGUCAUAUCAGAAUGAAUUGACAACCGCUGCCCUCACGAGCUCCCUCAUAUCUGAGGAGCUGGCAGUUUCUUCCAUACAAGAGGAUUUCGGCCGAGAAUUCACUCCUGAGGCUAAAGAAGCUCUACCAUCGAUUGGAGAUAAUCUAGCCAUGCGUGAAUCAAGCGUCGACCCCAUUGAUACCACCUAUUCAGGACUGGUGAAGUCACUGGAGUGGUCACCUAAUAAUCCCAAUGCCCACUAUGGAUAUAGUUCCAGUGAUUCACAGAGUGAAAUAGAGCAGUCCUUCAUCCCUGGGGUUCCUAACACGGAGACUUCAUCAAUCAAUCCUCGAACCAGAGGUUAUCUUUACGACUAUGGCGAGCUGGUCCCGCCAACCGGUGAAGAGAAGAGAAACGACUUGGUGAGGAAAAGGGGUAAGCUUGAUUCUCAUUUAGCAUCUAAUAGUGCUGAGGACGCACUUAAGACAGUCCAUCGCUAUGAGAUGUCAAGCAAACGCAUCUGGUAG